GCAAACGCGUUUUAAAGACAGAUGGGUUGGUCAUAAAUGCAAGCUAACAGAGUUAACGCUUUCAACCCGCUGGACUAUCAAUAUUUUGCAAAAUGGGCAUAGCCGAUGAGGCUGACCGGACUCUGUUUGUCGGGAACCUGGACCCUCAAGUAACAGAAGAAGUUAUAUUUGAGCUGUUUUUACAGGCUGGGCCGCUGAUCAAAGUCAAAAUCCCUAAAGACAAUGAUGGAAAAUCAAAACAUUUUGCAUUUGUAAACUUCAGACAUGAAGUGUCUGUGCCCUACGCCUUAAACUUGCUGAAUGGAAUCCGUCUCUAUGGACGGCAGCUCAACAUACAGUUCAGAGCCGGCAGCAGUCAUAUCAAUCAGGAAGGCAAAAGUCCAGCAAACUCCCAAAACCCCAGUCCAGCAAACACACCAGGUCACCGUGGUGGAAGAACCCCUGAGCAGAUGGGCUCUCCGUCCUACUCCCCUCCACAGCAUUUACAAAGAUCUUUCUCUUCACCUGACACUCUGCAGAGACAGGCAAUGGUGAACAACAUGUGGCAGGUUCAGAUGCAGCAGUUGCUCCAGCUCAAUGGAGGUCUCCAGCAGGGCAUGCAGCAACCGCACGGUCCUGCAGAGAGUAAUCAGUGGCAAGAGGAUCGGUCCGGCCAGCGUGGUCAUCGCCACUUUCACCAGGACAAUAACAACCAUCAUGGCAGAGAUCAAAGGCAAGGCAACAGCGGGAACAGCUAUGACCGGCAUCGGCGUGACGGCCAGCGAAGUGACUUCUAUCACCAUGAUGAUCGCAGUGGAGGACACAACAGAAAUUACCCUCCUGAAAGACGGAGAGACUCUAGAGAGGGACGAUGGAAACACUUUUAAAAGCAUUUUAGUUCUCCUGUAAGCAUUUUUUUUUUUUAAUCAACUGUUUUAAUAACCUUUUGUUAUCCUCCUAGAUUUUUAAUUUUUUAUUUCGUGGAUCGCAUCUCAACUGUUUAAAAAAAAAAAAGAAAAGUUAGCAGUACAACUGAACCUCAUGUCAAAAAUCGGUAAUAAAUUGGCCAUUUUGUGUGCUGGCCUGUUUUAAAUGUAUAUUUUGAUCUCAGGGGGAUACCUAUGUUUAUAUAAUUUUUAUUUUGAAGAAUGUCCUUUUUGAGAUAUAUUUCUGUACAACAGCAAAAUGCAUAAAAGAACAAAAUAUGGUAGAUUUCGUUUUUUCUAGAGAUUUGUAAUUUCUCAGGAUUUCUCAUUAUGAAAAGUAGUUUUCAGGUGACUUAUGUUUGAUAAUGUUUUAUUUUUAUUUUUAACUGAUUUUAUUUACUUUCUACAUUCCUCUUUUGGGAUGCGAUUAGGAUAAUGUUGAUUAUUAAUUCAUCAAUAUAGUCUUUGAAAAUUUGGAACAAUAGCUAGUUUUAAUACUUUGUUAUAUAUACAAUUUUUACUGUCACGUGCAACAUUUGAUUUCAUAAAAAUCACUGUUUACUGA